CUACGAUGCGUCACAUCACUCACUACAUCUCUCUCACCGCUCGUCUUCGGUGCGGCACCGCACCACAAAAGGGGACAUGGCGCAACCAGACUACUAUGCUGUACUGGGAGUGCUCCCCACCGCCCCGGACGACGAAAUCACGCGCGCAUGGCGCCGUCUCGUGCUGGCAUCACACCCUGAUAAAACACGCACCGCACCCGCACAGACCGACAUCCGGCUUGUGAACGAGGCGCGUGCGGUCCUUUCUGAUCCCGUACGGCGCGCCGCUUUCGAUGCACAGCGCGUGAGCAACCACGCAGCGCCGCCGCCGCCCUCAGGACCACGGAUACGUGAGCACGUUUCACUCGAGGCGUUUACGGCGCAUCCGAGUGCCGAAGAGCCUGAGCGCUUCACGCUCGAGUGCCGGUGUGGGCAAGAAUACGUCGUCACUGUCGACGAGCUCGAGGCGGGUGUCGAUGUCGUUGGGUGCCCUGGCUGCGGGGAGUAUGUUGGUGUUGACUACGAGGUGGUCGAGGAGGAGUAGAGAGGGGAGGAGCGAUCAUACCCUGCAUGUGUAUACCCUGCGCGCAAUGCAUUGACAAGGCUGGUUUCCG